UCCCCACUCUUUUUCCACCCUCUUAAAUCUAACCAAACUCAAAUCUUAAACAAACUAGUUUCUGUGUUUGUUUUUGUACAGAAAACAGAAAAGAAAAAAGAGUUGAUUAACUAAGUUUGUAGACCAACCAUUUCUCCUCAGAAAAGUUUUAGUUUUUCUUCAAUUCUCUUUUUCUGCAACAAUGGAGGCUUUCUCUCUGAGUUCCUCCAUCUCCAUUGCAUCAGGCAGAGUUACAAAAGUUUACAACUACAAGCAUGGAAGGCUUUUUUCGGGGAAUAAGAAGAGCAUGGUGUAUUGUCAAAGUGGUAAUCAUGCCAUAAAGUCUAGUGGGAUUUCAUCUGUUUUGACAGAAACAUCGGCGUUGAUUAGCGCAGAUCACGGACCUGCUUUGAUGGAGGGGAGCUUAGUUUUAAGUCCAAAUGGGAAGGAUUUGGAUGUGGAAAUGCACGACGAAGGUCUUGGCAUCGUCAAGUAUCUCAGAGGGAAAACCUUUCUUCUCACUGGUGCAACCGGAUUUUUAGGAAAAGUUCUUGUUGAGAAAAUGCUGAGGACAGCUCCUGAUGUUCUUAAGAUAUUUGUCGUGAUCAAGGCUAAGAACAAAGAAGCUGCAUCAGAAAGAUUGAGAAAUGAAAUCAUGCACGCGGAACUUUUCACGCGCCUGAAGCAGAUUCAUGGAAAAUCCUAUCAAGCUUUCAUGUUGAGUAAGUUGAUUCCUGUGGUUGGAAAUGUUUGUGAAACAAAUCUUGGUGUGGAUGAAGACGCAGCUGAGCUCCUGACCCAAGAGGUUGAUGUAAUCAUAAAUUCUGCAGCUAAUACCACUUUCGAUGAAAGGUAUGAUACAGCUCUUGAUAUAAACACUGGUGGACCUACCCGCCUCAUGAGUUUUGCCAAAAAAUGCAAGAAACUGAAGCUCUUUUUACAAGUAUCAACAGCUUAUGUGAAUGGACAAAGGCAAGGUAGAAUCAUGGAAAAACCUUUCAGCAUGGGUGAAAGUAUAGCAGCUGAGACUGUUGUCUGCGGGAACCACCAAGUGUCACUUCCCAAAUUGAGUGUUGAAGACGAAAUAAAGGUAGUCUUGGAAUCAAAAAAGACUCUUGAAGAUGAUUCACUGCUUCAGAAAAUGAAAGAACUAGGGAUGCAGAGGGCAAACAAAUUCGGUUGGCAAGAUACGUAUGUAUUUACCAAGGCUAUGGGAGAAAUGAUGAUAGACAGUCUAAGGGGCGAGAUACCAGUAGUUGUAAUUAGACCCAGUGUUAUCGAGAGCACAUACAGAGAACCAUUCCCCGGAUGGAUGGAGGGAAACAGGAUGAUGGAUCCAAUCAUUCUGCACUACGGGAAGGGGCAGCUCACAGGAUUUCUGGUUGACCCGAAUGGAGUUCUUGAUGUUGUUCCAGCAGAUAUGGUUGUCAACGCGACGUUUGCAGCCAUGGCAAAGCAUGGGGCAGGUGGAAAACCAGAAUGCAGCAUCUACCAGGUUGCUUCAUCCGUUGUCAACCCCUUAGUUUUUAGGGACCUGGCCGAAUUGCUCUAUCAGCACUUCAGUUCCUCGCCUUUCAUGGAUCCAACAGGGAGUCCAGUUCGUGUUCCAAAAAUGAAGCUAUUCAGCUCCAUGGAAGAUUUCUCCUCUCACCUUUGGAGGCAUGCUAUUAAACAAACUGGUUUAGGAGCUUUCACCAACCUUGAUGGGAAAUUGUCCCACAAGCUCGAGAGUAUCUGUAGAAAAUCAGUGGAACAAGCUAAGUAUUUGGCAAAGAUCUACGAGUCCUACACUUUCUACGGUGGAAGGUUCGAUAACAGCAACACGAAGAGAUUGAUGGGAUUCAUGUCUAAGGACGAGAGACAACAGUUUGGCUUUGAUGUUGAGAACAUAGAUUGGAAAGAUUACAUAACUAAUGUUCACAUACCAGGAUUGAGGAGGCACGUGAUGAAGGGAAGAGGUCUAAGCAGCUGAUGCAGCUUCAGCUGAGCAAAACGUUGCUAUUAAUUUCUGCAGUCUAAUGUAAAAGAAUGAUUUUCUUUUAGCCCCUUUUCACCUUGUGUACUUCCCCAUGAACAAGAGAUGUGCCAGUUUAUUGUUGAUUAAUAAAUGCAGUCAAACAUAUGUGCGUCUAAGUCGAAUCAUAGUCAUAGAUGCCUGAGUUUCUCUAGUUCUGCAAGAAACAUUGGAAUGAUAGGGACA